AUGGCGGAAACAUUUCUGUGUGGUGCUGUUGAUGGAGUGGUUAAUGGAGAUGUCUAUCAGGAGAGUAAUGGUUCAACAGAUUCCUAUGCUGCCACAUCCCAAGUAGAUCGACUGCAGUCAGAACCAGAGAGUAUUCGUAAGUGGAGAGAGGAGCAAAAGGAGCGCCUGGAGCAACUUGAUGCGAACUCACGAAAGCAGGAAGCAGAAUGGAAAGAGAAAGCAAUAAAGGAGUUGGAAGAGUGGUAUGCAAGGCAAGAUGAAAAGCUCCAGAAAACAAAAGCCACCAACAGGGUGGCAGAUGAAGCUUUCUACAAACAACCCUUCGCUGACAUGAUUGGUUAUGUCACAAACAUAAAUCAUCCUUGCUACAGCCUAGAACAGGCAGCUGAAGAAGCCUUUGUGAAUGAUGCAGAAGACAUUUUUCCAGGCACUGAGUGGGAACGUGUGGCUCAGCUCUGUGACUUUAAUCCCAAGUCUAGUAAGCAGGCAAAAGAUGUGUCCCGCAUGCGUUCGGUCCUCAUCUCACUCAAGCAGGCUCCACUGGUUCGCUGAAGGAAAGCAGAAUGGAAACACUACAAAUGCAAUAUCUUAACCUUACUCAGAGAAGUUAUGUUUGCAGUAAUUGGAUUAAUUGUUUCAAUGUGUUUUUUGGACCAAAAUGUAUCAUGAUGUAUCUAGAGUUGAUCAUUGUUUGAUUGCAUGUGCUUCCUCAUGUUUCCCUUCUGUGUCUGAAAUGGGAGAACCUCCAAAACUGUAGUCUCUGUGCUACUGUGCAUUGAGAUGUCACUUCGCACAUUACUGAUAUUAAAAAUCUGUUAAAAAG